CAUGGCGCGGCGCUGAGGCGGGGUACCUGAAGAUGGAAUUUAGAAUUAAACACACGUGGGAUGGUUUGCCCGUGAGCCAUGAGCCGGUGACCAUUGGGCUGAGGCCGGAUAAUGCAGGACUGCUGAUGGAAGUUCACGCUCCUUUCUUUAAUGACCCUCCAGCACCACCCGGACAGCCAGGGAAACCUUUUGGUGGACUGUGGGACUAUGAGGUUGUAGAAGCGUUCUUUCUGAGUGACAGAAAUGAGCAGUACUUAGAAGUUGAGCUUUGUCCCCAUGGGCAGUACUUACUGCUGCUGCUUUCUGGCAGAAGAAAAGCAUGGAAACAAAAACUUCCUUUGGAGUUUGAGGUGACCAGAAUGAAAACCAAUUGGGAGGGUAAAGCUCUUCUACCUUGGAGUUAUUUUCCACCGUGCACUGACAAGUUCAAUGCAUUUGCAAUUCAUGGCUCUGGAGAAGAGAGGAAAUAUGAAGCACUUUAUCCUGUGCCUCCACAUGAGCUGCAGGAAGGACAGGAACCAGAUUUUCAUCGUUUGGAAUUUUUCCAAGAUUUGAACCUGAAAGAACUAACAGGAGAAGACUGGGAGCAGCCUGAAUCAGAUAUAUGGAAAUCUCUCACUAAGUGAAUGGGUUGCGACAUAAAUUUUUAUCAUGUUGAAGUUGGCUGAAGCUGUAUGGAAACAACUUCCUCAUUCAGAGCAGAGUUUGUUUGUAUAUGACAGAUUAGCAAAAAACUGAAAUCCUGGGUCAGUCUGAAAAUCAACUGCAAAGCAUGUGGAUCUGCUGAUUCUAAAUGUGUGAAUGGCUUGUAUUUCAAUCCAUCAGGGUAUGGAGUUUUUCAUUUGUGGAAGAGACAAAUCUGCUGGUGCCGGUGAAGGAGGAGAAAUGUGCUAAAAUUGCAGCUGUGUUUUUGUGAGCGCUCUGAAGUCUGACAAGGCCAACACCCGGAUUGAAAUUUUUUUGUUUCUAAUAGUUGCUGCAUUUCUGCUGUAUUUUCACUGCUGCUUGUUUGCUUGUUGACUGCUGAAUGAGAUUUUUUGCUUACAAUCAGGAGGAGGAAUGCCUCGUUGAGGAACAGAGAAGAAUGUAGCUCUCCUGGCUUUUGGAGGCUCAGUACCUGCCUUGCAGGAGGUGUAACACUGCCCUUUCUUGUCUGUUCCUGUGCCUCAAGAUUUCCCUUGCUUAAUGCUGAAGGGGGAACUUACUCUGUCUCACAGACCUCUGUGUGGAGUUUCUAGUGGCGUUUAGAUGCAGAGGAUAGAUUUACAAAAGGGUUUAUAUAUUUCGGGUGAAGCUUCUGGGACAAAUCACACUUAGUAAAAUCGUUUGGUGAUAGUUGUGUGCGUGCAAAAGCUGGUUUUUUUUUUUUAAGACUUGUCACAUCGCUUUAAGAAUUCAUUUCAGGUGUCUGAGAAUGUUUUUUUUUUUUGCAUGCCACUGAGGGCUGGAGAUACUCUAGGUGUAUAUUUUCUAUGUAUGGGCAUGAAUGAUUAUAGUAAUAGUGAGUAUUAGGUGGCAACAUCUAAUCUUUAAGCCCUCACAAGAUUUGCAAGUUAUAUGUUCCUUUUUUUUUUGUCUAGCAAAGCAGUUGCUG